UUGUUUAAGGGGGCCUAAACAUCUCUGUCUCAACUGCCAGGACCUCCCUCGUGUCCUCCGGCGUGACAUCAUGGGAUCACCCACACUUGGAAAGGCAGCACCCCUAGAUGUUCUCAUAGAUGAAUGCAUCCACGCCUUUGAUGACAACGGGGAACUGAAGGGGAACCUACUUCCUCGGAUCCUGCUGCUGAUGCACCGCUGGUAUGUCACGUCCACCGAGCUGGCCGGGAAGCUGCUGAUGAUGUAUCGGGAAUGCCAAGAUGACAUCUGCUCAAGGACUCGCCUGAAGAUCUGUUAUUUAAUGAGGUACUGGAUAGUGACAUUCCCUGCAGAGUUUAACCUGGAUCUGGGUCUGAUCAGGGUGACAGAGGAGUUUAGGGAUUUGGCUUUACAGCUUGGUUGUGAAGAGCACAUCAAACUCAUCGACAUCUCCACCAUCUCAUCAUAUGACUGGAUGCGUAAGCUGACCCAGAGAAAGAAGCAUGUGAAGAAAGGCAAGGCCUCGCUGCUCUUUGACCACCUGGAGCCCAUGGAGCUGGCUGAGCACCUCACCUUCCUGGAGUUCAAGUCCAUCAGAAGGAUAUCGUUCCUAGACUACCAGAGCUAUGUGAUCCAUGGUUGUCUUGUGGACAACCCAACUCUGGAGCGGUCCAUUGCCCUGUUCAAUGGGGUGUCGCAGUGGGUCCAGCUCAUGGUGCUCAGCAAACUGACACCUCAGAACCGUGCAGAGGUCAUCACCAAAUACAUCAAUGUGGCACAGAAAUUAUUACAGCUGCAGAACUUCAACACUCUAAUGGCCGUGGUCGGAGGACUGAGUCAUAGCUCUAUCUCUCGACUGAAGGAGACACACUCACACCUGGCCCCAGAAAUAACAAAGAUCUGGAGCGAUAUGACGGAGCUAGUUUCCUCCAACAGUAAUUACUCCAACUAUCGUAAGGCCUUCAACGAGUGCCAGGGCUUCAAAAUCCCUAUCCUGGGUGUGCAUCUCAAGGACCUGAUAGCCAUGCACGUGGUCUUCCCUGAUUGGGUGGACGACGGGAGUAAAGUGAACCUUGGGAAGAUGCAGCAGCUCUACGUGACUUUCAAUGAGCUGGUGUCGCUACAGAGCGCAGUGGCCCAGGUGGAGCCCAACAUGGACCUCAUCUACUUGCUAACGCUUUCUCUAGACCUGUAUUACACAGAAGAUGAGAUUUAUGAGCUUUCAUUACUGAGGGAACCACGUAACCCAAAGUCACUACCCAUAUCUCCCACAACUCCCACCAAGCACCUGGCUCCGCUGGACUGGGCCACAGCGGUGACCACCAAACCAGACCCAUCUGUGGUCAAUAAACAUAUCAGGAAGGUGGUGGAUUCUGUGUUUAGAAAUUAUGACCAUGACCACGAUGGCUACAUCUCCCAUGAGGACUUUGAAAGCAUUGCUGCCAACUUCCCUUUCCUGGACUCCUUCUGUGUUCUCGACAAAGACCAAGACGGACUCAUCAGUAAGGAUGAGAUGAUGGCGUACUUCCUGCGGGCCAACCCUCUCCUGCAGUGUAAGCUGGGCCCUGGCUUCAUCCACAACUUUCAGGAGAUGACCUACCUGAGACCCACCUUCUGUGAACACUGUGCUGGAUUUCUUUGGGGAAUCAUCAAGCAGGGCUACAAGUGCAAAGACUGUGGAGUAAACUGCCACAAACAGUGCCGGGAGCUGCUGGUGUUGGCGUGCAGGAAGCUUCUCCGCUCCACCUCUCUUGGCAACGUGUCUCCGGGUGGGCUGACCCACAGCUCGCUGCCCAGUAGUCCUGCCCUGCCCACGUGUAAAGAUGAGGAUGAGCUUUUUACCUUUGGAGCAGUGACACCUUCAGGUCCGACGCUGGACAGCAGGUCCAUUACCCUGAUGACCGGCUCGGCCCAGCGAAUCUCUGUACGCUUGCAGAGGGCCACCACGAGCCAGGCCACCCAAACUGAACCGCUGUGGUCCGAACACAACUGGGAGGCCACAGACGGCGGCUCCCACACCUUCCCCAAGAUGAGGUACCGACCCCAGCGGAAGACCUCCAAGAAUAAAGGCUUCAGCCACUGGCAAAAUCAGGAUGGUAGGAAGCACCAGGGGGGCAAAAACCAAGGGAAGACUGACUGUCUGGAGCGGGCGGAGGAGCUGGGAGAAGUUGUGCAGAAUGGGAUAACCACACACAAAGGGAAGGACAGCUGACUUGGCCACAGUGUUGAGGGCCAGACCUUGGGGUUCAGAUCUGAUCAGGGGGCUCGAACUUGCUCAGUCCAGCCCUCGGGGCCAUAUAUAAGGAAGCUCUCGUCACUCAGGGAGGUCCUCGGGUGUUUGAGGCCCCAUCAUGGUGGCUUGGAGUAGUGAACCUGGCCGGCUGGAGACGUAGCCGUGGACAGACAGCUGUGGACAGCAACAUGUAGACUCUGAGUCCAUAGAAGGACGUACGGUAUGAGAUCCUACAGGGAAGCUGAAACUCAAGAGGAAGACCGCAGUGAGAAGUGGAUAACAGUCUCCAGCGACGUCUACAUCGUCUCCACCUUCACAGUGUCAUCUGCUGUCUUUUUGCUCCUGGAUGAAUCAGUGUAUCAGCUGAAGGUAUUUUAUUGACGGUGCCUGCAUUGAGAAGAGGUGUGUAAGGCUGCGAGGAGUAAGUUUAAUGUAUAUUGGCUGUGCAAUCUACUGUUUGUUCGUUUUGUUUUUUUUAUAUUUUAAAGAAUCAGAUAUAGGGGUAUUUCUGAUGUAGGUCAUGAGGUCAUGGUGUGGUGUAGGUAGAAGGUCAUUCUAAGGUUGCCACAGGGUUGUUUUUGAGACGGACUCGGUGGGAGAUGAGGUAGAAAGUGUGGCGAAGAGAGAAGUUUAGAGUGUUGCAGAUGUUGAUGAAGAGGAAUUGCAGAGAGACGGACAAUAUGAAAGUGAGUGAGAUGAAAAACUUACUUUUGUGUAUUUUUGUGUUUGCUUGCAAGUCAAUUUACGUUUAGCCUCACUAGAUCCAACACAACACACUCUGCUGGGGAUUACUUUUGUCAGUUACAUGCCAGUUACAUGCCAGUUACAUGUGACCGUGGAAUCUAAGAGCUAGCACGCUGUAUUACAGCAUCACUAUUCAGGAAGUCACAAGUGCAAGCAUGAAACUUGACUUUUUUUUACAAUGACCAGCGUAACACACCUCUUUCUGGUGACGGCUGAAUAACGGAGAGAAAUCUGCUAGAUGCCUUGUUAAUGGCAGAAAUGAUUCUAAAGGGACCAAAAGGAAAUAUUCUCUUUCGUCAGAAGAGACGAGAGACGUGAGCCGUCUGAAUGUACAUCAGCUGUCGCAGCACAUUUCCACCCAAAUGCGCUCCAGCGUCCGCCUGCCGCCCCUCGACACCCACUCACAGCGGUGCGGUUCAUGACGUGUCAUGUGCCAUCAUCAGCGAGGCUGUUCGUUUAAUUCAGCCAAUCCCAAAUACUCAGAAACACGGGUUCGGUGGAGCAGCAUUGGAUGGAGCAAGACCCAACUUCAUGCUAGAUUACGCAAGGAAGGUUUUAUUUUUAUUUAUUUUUUUCCCUUUUUUUCUCCCAAUUGUACCCGGCCAAU